UUUUUACAGAUUAUUAUGCAUAAUGUGCAUAAAGUUUAUGAGUAUUGUUUUAUAGUUAGUAAUAAGAUUUAUACUUAUUUUUGAUUAUUAUUAUUUUAAAUAAAAAUAAUCAAAUUAAAACAGCCCCCCUUUAUAGUCUAAAAAUAUUCCACAAGACUUCUUCUACUUAAUAAAAAAAUUAAUUAUUGUAAAAUCAAAACGUUUUUAUACAUGGCCGUCAAAUGAAGGUUGGUGCUUCAUUAUUUGCAAGCAAUAUAGGAAGUGAACAUUUUAUUGGUCUAGCAGGAUCUGGAGCUAUUUCUGGUAUAGCUGUUGGAGCCUUUGAAAUUAAUGCUUGUAUACUGAUACAGUUUCUAGGAUGGGUUUUCCUUCCUGUCUUCAUAGCAAGCGAGGUAAACACACUUCCGGAAUAUAUGAAUAGAAGAUUUGGCGGACGGCGAAUAAGAACUUAUUUAGCAUCUCUAUCCAUGAUGCUUUACAUAUUUACGAAAGUGUCUGUCAAUCUAUAUGCCGGGGCUAUAUUUAUCGAACAGAGCUUAAGGUGGAACCUUUAUGCCGCUAUUUUAUUCAUAUUGUUCAUGACUUGCCUCUGUACUGUUACAGGUGGAUUAGUGGCUGUUAUAUAUACCGAUACACUGCAAACGGUUGUCAUGUUGGUUGGUAGUAUUAUGCUCACAGUAGUAGCAUUUAAUAAAGUAGGUGGCUACAAUGGUCUUCGUCAAAGAUACUCACUGGCCAUUCCAUACUCUACUUACUCAUUUAUUGACUUUAUCAGGAAUAACUCCUUCAUCUCCAAUGUCACUAUCCCAAGCAACUGGUCUUAUCACCAGAACCCUGCCAAAGAGUUGAGCAAUAUACGUUCCUUUUUAAGCCAAUACACAACACCUCAGUCUUAUAUAUCGAACACUACUAAAUUCAAUGAUAGUUUUAUUUUGCAAGCCAAAUACGCACUCUGUGGUCUCCCAGACUCUAAAGCCUGGCAAAUGUUGAGAAGUCCUAUGGAUCACAACAUGCCCUGGCCAGGUUUCAUACUGGGUCAGACUAUGGCUUCGAUUUGGUAUUGGUGCGCUGAUCAGAUGAUGGUUCAAAGGGCUCUCGCAGCCAAAAAUUUAUCGCACGCCCAGGGUGGGACCCUUUUCGCUGGCUAUUUGAAAAUGUUACCUUUGUUUAUCAUUAUAUUUCCUGGCAUGAUUAGUAGAAUAUUGUACCCAGAUAAAAUAGCUUGUGCCACGCCUGAGGCUUGUAAAAAAAUCUGCGGAAAUCCGACCGGUUGCAGUAACCUAGCCUAUCCAACAUUAGUUCUUAACAUUUUGCCAGUUGGGGCUAAAGGAUUAAUGCUCGCUGUCAUGUUAUCCGCCUUAAUGAGCGAUCUGACCUCUAUAUUUAACAGUGCGAGUACCCUUUUCACUAUAGACAUAUGGAAGAUUAUUAGACCCAUGAGCACUGUCAAAGAACUUCUUAUUGUUGGGAGGCUUUUUGUCAUCCUAAUGACGGUGAUAGGUAUCAUAUGGAUCCCAGUUAUCCAGAUCAUGCAAGGUGGACAGCUUUAUAUUUACAUACAAUCCAUCGCUGCUUACCUAUCCCCUCCCAUUGCUUGUGUUUAUAUAUUGGCGGUUUUAUGGCCUCGCUGCAAUGAAAAAGGAGCGUUUUGGUCUCUAAUGGUAGGCAUGGUAGUCGGAGUCAUUCGGAUGAUACUUGAUUUCGUUUACAAAGAACCAUAUUGUGGGCAAGUCGACAAUAGACCUAUAAUUUUGUCACGUCUUCACUACAUGUAUUUCGCCAUUCUUUUAUUUUGGCUCACGGCUCUGGUUUGCAUAGUCGUUAGUUAUAUGACUUCACCGCUUCCAGCCAAAUACAUGGUUCGGACCACAUACUGGACUCGAUUCAGUAAAGAUCCGCGCAUAGAUGAUGAUAGUACACCAGUCCAAACUAAUGAUAUAGUGGAGAAUUCUGAUCUAAAACCUGACAUUAAAUUAUCGACUCUUUCAGAUGUUUCCAAACAAACGAAUGGUCAAACUAAUAUAGAAUCAGAUAAAAACAAUCUUAACGGAAAUGUCACGAAUGAUAGCAUGAAAUCACCUAUUAAAAAUAAUAGGGCGGCAGAUUUGCCUUUGGCGGAAGUUGGGUCUAAGAAGGGGAUUUUAGAUUUUGACGAUCAGGAAAACGUUAACUUGAAGGACGAAACUCGAACGAAAACAUAUGAACAACGUUCUUUACUAAAACAGGCCUGGAAUUGGUUUUUGGGUUACAGCGCUUCAGAAGAACAAUCAGAAGCAGAUAAGAUUAUCUAUGUGCAACAUCUAGCACAUGUCACCUCGCUAUAUCAAGGACCAAAAUCAAAAAUCGUUUUAAACUUCAAUCUCAUUUUUAUAAUAACAGUUGCUUUGUUUAUGUACAUCUACUUCACUAUACAUUAGCAAAUUUUGUUAUAAACCUCUAAUCUUCUUUUUUUAAAACAAUUUGUAUAAAGUCACAUACCAUUUAUUUGAUCACUUUAAAUUAGUUAUCAAUCAUAAGAAUAUACUAUUAUCUUAAAUUGGUUUAUAACCCAAUAUUACACAUUGUUAACCAAAUUAUUCAUCUUAUACUUAAAUCUGUCGGAUGUCCAUUAUUUUAAUACUUUUUUUUAGAUUUAAUUUAUAAGAUCUUUGUCAAGAAUUAAUGAUAAUUUUUAAUCGCUCAAAUGAGGCUUUAAU